AUGUCAGAGGAACAGAUAAUUGAAUACGUUAAGUUAUAUCCUGUUUUAUAUAACAAAACUUUAGGUCAAUACCGGGAUCAUAAUAUGAGAAAUAUUGCGUGGGAAGAAAUCGCGGAGCAACUAAAUACACCCGUCGAAGAAAUAAAAGAGAAAUGGGCAAGGUUAAGGAAUUGCUUAACAAACGCACUCAAAAGACGCCGCAGAAAAAGCGCAGCUAUUAUGGGUCCAUGGAAAUUUGAGAAGCAAAUGCAAUUUCUAUUGCCCUAUUUAGAUGCAAAAACACAUGUCACAAAUAUGAGUAAUAAUACUAUGUCACUCGAUGAGGACACGUCUGCCACAAAUUUAAUUGAUAAUACUAUAUCAAUCGAUGAUGACAUACCUGACACAAAUUUAAGUAACAAUAUUACAAACAAGGAAGAAUCAAGGGACGGUUCUGAAUCACAGUAUUCUGGAGAAGCUACAGAUUCUUCAUCUCCUCUUCCUGUCCAGUGGUCUGCUCCAGGGGUCUCCACAUCACAUGUUGUAGCUAAUUAUAAUCAAAAAUAUACAACAAAAAGCGAGAGCGAUGAUACUUUAUUAAGGGAUAUGGUUGAUAUGAUGAAAUCAUCUCAUGCAAUGAAACUCAAGAGAACAAUAACAGAUAUGGAUGAACACGAUCAUUUCUUUUUAUCAAUGAGUAAGCAGUUAAAAACACUACCUCCAAGGGAUCAAGCUGAAAUUAAAUUUCAAAUACACAAGCUUAUACAUGAAUCUGAAAUGAAAAUGUUAAAAAAUAAUAAUAGAAGGUCAUUAAAAUUCUAA